AUGGCCACAACAGAGUCAGGGGUGUGCCCUGCUGGUCCUGCACUUUCCAAGCGAACAGCUAUAUGGGCUGCCUUGUGGAUUCUUUCUUUGCAGAAAGUUUGUGGCAGCAGUGCAGAUGCAGCACUGGGCGCUGGGCAAAUCUUGCCAGGAGAAUUUUUGGAGAAUACAGCAGAUGGCGGUUCGUUAAGCUUUCUACCCAUUGACACCUGCCACCCCAGCACUGAGAAUCAGAGCGUGUCCUGCAGCAGAGAAGGUUUCUUCAUAUCGGGUUUUGAGAGAACCAUUUACUGGAGGCCACAGGACAUGUUUGCACAGGAGUACCCUGUGCCCAGCCCCAGAGCCAUAUGCUGUAAUGUGUCGCUGCCAACCAUUGAGCAAUUGCCCGCAGAGGCUCGGGGCCACCCAGUGGCUGUUAUAUCUGUUGGCUGUCACCAGGCUCAAAACAUGAAGUGCGAAUCAGGCACCAGUGGGGACCGCAGAUAUGUUUCUGCCUUUACUGAUGUCAGGCACCCUCGCUACCGUCCCAACACAAUCUACCCCAUCGACCCCCCAGUCUGCUGCACACCAGUCCUGCUCAUGUCCAAUGGCGACACCUGGGAGCUCAAACACUGCGACUGCACUUCGAAAGUCGACAGUAUCCAGUGUGGUACGAAGCUGACGAAUAGGUUCUUGUGGGGAUAUGAAGGCUGGACGGCAGAGGGUCAAAUCCUGCCUUAUGCUCCUGCAUAUUGCUGCAAGAUGUGCCUUGGGGAUAAGUACGACAUGUCGCACUGCACUGACAUGAACCGCUGCAGUGGCAAAGGAGUGUGCGUUGCGGGGACAUGUCAGUGCCGUAGAGGGUGGACAGGAGUGGACUGCAGUGAAAUGGACGGGGGCAAAAGUGGUGACGAGUGGUGGCAGUCUUUCUGGUGGCUGGGUGUCAUUGGCUUCAUGUGUGCCUUCACCGGUUUGUUUGCAACUUUCUGGAUGAUCCAACGGGCAGAAUGGGCGGAUAGAUCUCCAAAUCGUACUGAACAGGAAGAGUCGUUGAUGCCUUGGGUGGACAUGGAAGGCAGCGCCGGGGCCGAUGACAGCUCCUACACCUCGGUCUCAAUGGGCAGCAGCCAAAGGUCCAUGGCAACGGUCAGUGUGGCCUCUGUAGAGGUGGCGUCUGUGGAAGAUGCCGGACAGGAGGCAGAAGAUGAUGUCGUACAAUCGGUGCCACAGCAUGGCAUAUCACUGCCAUCAGAUGGAGGACAUACAGAGCAUGCGAGGGCCAGGCCAGUGCCACAGCAGGAAGAUUCACAAGAUGCACAGGAGCAGGCAGCCCUGUCUCAGGAGAUUGAGGUCGAGGACCCUUUUGAAGAGGAUGACAUACAAAAGACUGGUGACGAUCUUGCAGAGGAUCAGGACAUGGGCAAGACUCUUCCCUUCAAUGGCGACAACAACCCGUUGCAGCACAUGAUGUGCUCUGUUUGCAUGAACCGGCCCAUUCAAGUCGCGUUGGUCCCUUGUGGCCACAGUAAUUUGUGCCGGAGGUGCUCAAGGAAGCUCCAGAGGUGUCCCUUCUGCAGGAAGGAGAUAGUUCGCAGACAAAAGUUGUUCUUAAGCAGUUGA